AUGUGUCAAACCUGCCACGUCGAAAGAGACUUUCGAGACUGGGCACCGCUAAGCGACAUUGCAAGAGCACAAGCACAAGCAGAAGAGGAGAAAGCCGCCAUCGCCAAUGCACGAUUCCCGCGAUUCUCAGAACUCCCAACUGAGCUCAGACUCGAAAUAUGGAGAGUGGCGGAGGACAACUUGGAUCCGCGGGUCUUCACAAUAUAUGGCCAGCCCGCUCAUUCAAGAUGGCAUCAAACAAAGCUCCGCUGGCACGCAAUCAGUGUGAGCUGUGGACCAACACUGUUACACGUGAACCGAGAGUCAAGAUAUGAGUUGCAAAAUCGUUAUAUUACACCUUUCUCGCCAGAAAGGUGCUUCCCGUUCACUGGAGAGAACAUGUCAGUCUCGGAUAUUCUUUUCCAACCUAACAAAGAUACGCUAAGUCUCUUUAACAUGGUUAAGAAUCCUCCAAACAAUACUUAUUUUGAACAUCCACGAGUGUUCUUGGAAGCGGUCUUCGGGAACAGCUUCCAGGAGGUGACUACGCAAAUAAGAAAUAUCGCUGUCGAGUGCGAUGUGCACAUAUGCGACAUGCAUGAAGAUUUUAUUUCUGAAGACCCCUACCUACCAAAGCUUGAACAUAUAUUCGUCUUAGAUUGUACGUUGAUGCGUCAUCUAUUAAAGAGGGGUUGUCGAAUAGCGGGUUUCCCAAUGCCGCCAUACCAUUUCGAUACUGGACGGAUCAUGGACAAACACGAAGCCCGCUACGUGCCUUUUGGGGAACAGUCUUAUUCCGCAAUGCAACCCCCACAUUUUAACUUAUUCGAUGCCAGUAAUCGGAAAUAUUUCUGUUUCCAACCUCAAGGUGGACCCUUUGGCAGAAAUUACGGUGUUCAUAGCGAACUGAUACUUGCGCGAAAGGGUCGAAUUUUGUCUAGAGACGAGGCACGAGAAGAAAUUAGUGUUUAUUUCAACGAAAGGCUGGCGAGAUACAGAAAAAUAACGAAAGAAGAACAACUCAAAAUUGCUAAAAGCAAGCCAUAGAAGCCAAGAAAGCCAAGAAGGCCCUUCGAAGGGCUGCACGAGAGGCCAAACGAAAAUAUUUCCUAGAUUUUCUUGUCCCAAGUUGGUUCAACGAGAAGUAA